AUGAAGCUCGUUGUCGAUGAGCUCUACCGGUCACGGAUGCUGAUGGCCGGGGUGUAUUUGGGUCUUGCCAUCAGCUCCACGUCUGGUUUCAGCAUCUUCACGGAGCACCUGCGCAACAAGUACAACUUCAAUCAGGCGGACAUCACAACGAUCAGCACCGUGGGCAACUGUUGCGGCUAUCUUGUCUUCUUCGCCGGCAUCUUGUUCGACUUUGCUGGGCCGAAGGUGCUGUUUCCGAUUGCCGGGUUUUUGGGCUUUCUCGGGUACCUUCUCUUUGGGCUUGCUUUCGACAAUAUCAUCACGAGCAAGAGCAAGGAAACGGCCCUCAUUCAGUUUUGCAUCUUCAAUGCCAUCUUGUACUUUGGAUGCCCAGCCAUGGACGUGGCAACGUUGAUGCCGCUCAUGGUCAACUUUCCGCUGGAGCGCGGGUACAUGGUGAUUAUCCAGAAGACCUUCUCUGGCCUUGGCACAUCGGUGCUCAUGGCGUACUUCAACGGCUGGUUCCUUAACCUGGACGCGAAGCAUGCAAGCAACUACUCGGGCUACGCCUACUUUGUCGGCGCACAGAUUUUUUUCUGCUCCAUGCUGGGGUUCUACUUUAUUGACCUCGCCCCGUACACGCCGUGCCAGUUUCGGCGGAACCGCCUCACCGAAGAGCAGGCCGCUGAGAGGAAGGCCACGCUGGCUGUCUACAACAAACAGCACGCCUCCUCCCGGCGUCUGUACAUUGGUUGCUUCAUGGUUGGUGUCAACCUCAUCUUUCUCGCCGUCAGCUCGAUCGUGACGGGUUACGUGCCCACCAAGAAGAGCGGCUUCGUCGCCAUCUCUGUGAUAGCGGUGACUCUGCUAGCGCUCUUCUCCCUCAUGGGGCUACCUAUCCAGUUCCUUGGGCGCUACCCUGUCAUCAAGAAGCGUCACCCCCACUUCCCCAGCCUUGGCUACUCGGACGACGUGCCGGAGGAGGCGGAGGCGGUCCGCGAGAGCAAGUUUACGGACAUCGAUGGAAUGGAGGCCGCGGCUGAUACCGGCGACGCUGCGUGGCAGCGGAACAGCGUCAGCAGGGAGCCGACGACCGUGCGAAACUCAACUGACGGGCAGCGUGUCGGCGGCGUAGGCAGCGCGAACGUGGCUGGCGUUGAUGCGAUGGGGGCGAAAGGAAGUGAUGAGAUUGCCUGUGGGGUGCAAACCUACGAGGAGGACGAGGCGGCAAGUCCGCUGAAGUCGGAUACUGUAGAGGAGGAAGAGGGAGCCGCCCCUGCGCCGCAGACGAACCUCGCCGGUGACCCACAAUACAAGCAAUCGUUCUGGCGUAACCUCCUCACGAUCGAUCUGUGGCUCUUCUGGGUUAGCUUCUUCGGCAUGUGGGGAACCGGCACCGUGAUGCAGAUGAACGCAGCGCAGAUCUACCGCAGUAAGAACUUGGGCGUGUACGACCAGUCCCGCCUCUCUCUCUAUGUCGCCCUCAUCGGCGUCGGCAGCGCUAUUGGCGGUAUCGUGAGCGGCAGUCUGGACAUUUGGCUCAUUCGGCGCAAGGCGACCUCCACGAACGAGAUCUUGACGACCACCUUUCUUCCAGUUGGUGCGGUGCUGCUGCUCGCCUCCUACCUCCUCUUCGCGGUGAUCCCAUCGGAGGGUCUUGUCUUGCCCUUCCUCCUUGGCUCCAUCGGCACCGGUAUGGGUUGGGGCCUUGGUGCUCUAAGCGUGCGCAUCGUCUACGCGAACGACAUUGGCAAGCACUACAACUUCAUGUUCUCCUCCGGCUUUGUCAGCACCAUCGCCUUAAACCGCUUCAUGUUCGGCGGCAUGUUCGACAAGGAGGCCAGCCGCCUUGGCACAGCCCCCAACUGCAACCAGCCGUCCUGUGUGCGGAAUCAGAUGCUUAUCCUUAUGGCAGUGAACGCCAUCUCCACGAUAGCGGCCGUCUUGGUGCACCUCCGCUUCCGUCGCUUCGUGCGCCAGGAGCGGGCGAAGCAGGCCGAGGCGGCGCUGGCGCUGGAGGAGAAGAGCAAGAGCGACUGA